CAGAGCAUUGCAAUUCCCAUUGCCUUGCACUAGGGACAGAUUGAUAGAGAGAGAGAGAGAGAGACAGAGAGAGAAGAGAGGCAGAAUAACAGCAGCAGCAGGAAGAUGGAGACAGCUUAUGGUGCAGGGAGAGCUGGGGGAGCUUUUGAUCCUAUCACCUUCAUUAAACAGCCCCAGAGCAUUGUGAGGGCUGUGUGUUGGCUCUUCUCUAUCGUGGUGUUUGGGAGUAUCGCUAACGAGGGCUACGUAAACCGCCCGAAUGAGGUGGAACAACACUGUAUCUUCAACCGGAACCCCAGUGCGUGUGGCUACGGGGUGGGGGUUGGGGUUCUAGCCUUCCUGGCCAGCACAGCCUUCCUCGCCCUCGACGCCUACUUCCCCCAGAUCAGCAGCGUCAAGGACCGCAAGAAGGUGGUCCUGGCUGACAUCGGCUUCUCUGCUUCCUGGUCCUUCCUGUGGUUUGUUGGCUUCUGUUUCCUCACUAACCAGUGGCAGGCGGCUAAGCUGGAGGACAAUCCCCUGAGGGAGGGGGCGGACGCUGCCAGAGCUGCCAUCACCUUCUGCUUCUUCUCCAUCUUUAGCUGGGCGGCUCAGGCCUUCCUGGGCUACAGGAGAUACCUGCUGGGAGCCGACUCCGCACUCUUCUCUCAAGACUACACCGACCCCAGCCAGGACACCUCGGUCCCUUAUGCCCCUUACGUCUCGGGGGACGAGAUAGAGACGUCCACCGCCUACCAGCAACCUCCGUCCACGGAACCCUACAAUGCCAAUCAAGAAGGCUACCAGACUCAGAACUACUGAGAGAGACCGACCCAUCAACCGGCCCAACUCAUCCACCCAGCCGGCCAUCAACCAACCAACCAACCAACCAACCAACUGGGUGAGACAGAGAGAGAGGC